CACUCUUGACUUGACAUUUGGGCAGGGUGCUAAAAACUAAGUGAAGUUUAUACUGUUCCUUUAAUAUGUUAUAUUAUAUUAUUAUUGUUUAAUUAAUCUCAAUAAUAACAUACUUGAAGUCUAAGAGAAGAGAAAUCAUGGCUAAAAAUACCUCCAGUUCAGCUUUUCGAAAAAUAGACAUCGAUCAAUACAAUGAAGACAACUUCAAAGAGGAUGAAGCCGAGCAAGCUAUGCCCGCCGGCCCCGAUGAGGGGGAAGUCAGUGCAUUAUUGAAUCAAGGAAAAUACAAUGAAGCACUCAAAACAGUUUUGGACAAUGCCCCAUUAGGGUCUUCCAAUCAACAAGUAAAGGACAAUGCCCUUACACUCACAUUAAAAGUGUUGCUCGCCAUUAAAUCUGCACAAAUUGAAGAUGCCGUAGCAAACCUAUCCCAGGACGACAUUGACAUACUGAUGAAAUACAUCUACAGGGGCUUCGAGUACCCAUCUGAGGGAUCUAGUGGGCAUUUGCUCCUUUGGCAUGAGAAAGUUUACAAUGUGGGUGGCACUGGCUCCAUAGUGAGAGUCCUGUCCGACCGUAUGAGAGUUUAGACCAAAAAAACUCCUAAUACCUAUCAUUCCACAUGGUAAAAUUUUUCAGCUGAUAUUAAAUUUUAAUUAAAUAUUAUUGCCCCUCUACCAAAGGUUCUAAAGUAGGGUCAUGGCACACUGCGUUGCGUCCAAUUCACACGUCACUGAAGUUUGAGCAAGACAAUGCUAUGCGCGUAUUAUAGCAACAUACCGCUUGCACGUCGCUCGUGCGAAUCGGACGCAGUGUACCAUCCCCCAUAACAGCCAUAAAAAAACUUGCAUUUGUCACAUUGUUAAAUUCCCUGCCAAAGCGAUGGCACUUGACCAUGGCGUACCAUAUCUAUACCUACUUCGUUUCCCCAGUGGUUAUUAAUUUUAAUAAUAUCAUUAAUUGUCACUAAUUAGACAGUGAAGUAAAUUACAUGAGAUCUUGCGAUUAUCUAAAUUCUAUUUAGAUUGGUAAUUAAUUAUUUGUCAACUCCUGAUUACUGAUGGAAUAUAUUUCACCGUGUAUAUGUGUAUAUUAUACAUUCUUAAUAAAUUAAAUUAUGUCUUU